UGGUCGAAAGCCAUAUUCCUUCAGUUCGAUCUUUAACUUUCACCGAGAACGGUGCUCGAGUGUAACGUAUGCCGAUAAUAGCGUGCGGUGUUUUAUUCAGAGAACUCGUUUAUUGUUGCUAAUUUGAAAUAUCGUGUUUUGGUUAGUUUUCGUGGAUGUCGAACCGCAAAAGGCACAUUUAGCUCGGCAACCAUGGAAACGGACCCGGAACUACUAGUUGAUCGUCACAGAGCCCCACCGACUUUUCUCACAAAUUUCGGAAUCCGCAAGACUUUUUGGUGCCUAUGAGGACGUGGUGCACGCUAUAACAUUCUGCCAAAGACUCUAUCUUAGUCACUAAUUAACUUAUUUUAAAUCUAGUCACGUUUUAAUAAGCAAAAUGGCCGUCAUAGCGGUACCUACUGUAGCGACGGCGGUCAAAGCCGGAGUAGCACUUAUUGGAGCCGGGAAAAUUGCCGUGUUGCCCUUUUUGAUAGCAGCUCUAACUUACUUUCACUACGAUCAGUUCGAUCCCGAGAACAGACCUAUCGAACGCAAUGUUCUUGAUGACACGUACGACUUUAUCGUGGUGGGAUCGGGAAGCGCAGGCUCUGUCGUCGUGAACCGACUCACGGAAGUACCGCAAUGGAAGGUACUGCUUCUAGAGGCCGGAGGUCACGAGACAGAAAUAUCUGACGUCCCAAUUCUGAGCUUAUACUUGCACAAAAGCAAAUUGGACUGGGGAUAUAAGACGGAACCACAAGAGACGGCGUGUCAAGCGAUGAUUGAAAACAGAUGCAGCUGGACCAGAGGGAAGGUGCUUGGAGGAUCGAGCGUUUUGAAUACCUUGCUGUACGUUAGAGGUAACAAACGCGAUUUCGACCGAUGGGCACACUUCGGCAACAUCGGGUGGUCUUACGAGGAAGUACUGCCUUACUUUAAAAAAAGCGAAGACCAAAGGAACCCGUACUUAGCCAAGGACACGAGAUUCCACGGAGUUGGCGGGUACCAAACAGUCCAGGAGUGUCCGUACAACACUCCGCUAGGAGUCGCCUUUCUGGAAGCCGGUCAAGAGAUGGGCUACGACGUCAGGGACAUCAACGGCGAGAAACAAACGGGUUUUGCAUUGUACCAAAUGACGAUGAGACGGGGGGCCAGAUGUAGUGCCGCCAAGUCCUUCCUUAGACCCAUAAGGCUAAGGAAAAAUUUCCAUUUGUCAAUGUACAGCCACGUCACCAGGGUACUCAUCGAUCCGGUCACUAGACGCGCGUAUGGCGUGGAGUUUAUUAAAAAUGGAGUCAAACAGAGAGUGCUGGCCAGAAAAGAAGUCAUUCUCUCAGCAGGAGCGAUCAACAGUCCUCAAAUCCUCAUGCUCAGUGGUAUCGGUCCGCAAGAGCACCUUCGCGAGGUUGGCAUUAAGGUGGUGCACGAUUCGCCGGGGGUGGGUCAAAAUCUCCAAGACCACAUCGCAGCGCCUCUAAGUUUCCUUAUCGAUCAUCCCAUAUCUCUGCUGCUCAACAGAUUGGUCAAUCUUAAUACCGCACUCAGAUAUGCUGUCAAGGAGGACGGGCCGCUAACUUCUUCGAUUGGUUUGGAAGCUGUAGGGUUUAUACCGACCAAGUACGCUAACCGAUCUGACGACUGGCCUGAUAUGGAGUACAUGCUUGUCAGUACCAGCACUCCUGCCGACGGAGGGACCCAAAUCAAAAAAGCCCACGGUUUGACGGACGAAUACUACAAGGAAGUCUUCUCGGAUGUCAACUUCAAAGACACUUUUGCUGUUUACCCGAUGAUGCUGCGUCCAAAGUCACGAGGCUACAUCAAGCUGCGGUCUAAUAAUCCUCUCGAGUACCCGCUACUGUACCACAACUAUCUCACUCAUCCGCACGACGUAAAUGUGCUCAGAGAAGGAGUAAAGGCCGGGUUGGCAUACGCCCAAACCGAAGCGCUAAAGAGAUUCGGUUCUAGGUUGCAUGAAAAGCAAAACAGAGUGCCGAAUUGUAAACACUUACCGCCAUAUACUGACGAGUACUGGAAUUGUUUCAUUCGGCAGUACACGUUGUCGAUUUAUCACUAUUCUUGUACCGCCAAAAUGGGUCCGCAAAGCGACCCUUAUGCGGUGUUAGAUCCUCAAUUGAGAGUGUAUGGGGUGGCUGGAUUGAGGGUGAUCGAUGCUUCCAUCAUGCCCACCAUAACGAAUGGGAACAUCCAGGCUCCGGUGAUGAUGAUUGGAGAAAGAGGUUCGGAUUUCGUGAAAGAUUACUGGCUCAAAGGUCGAAACAGACGGAAGAGACGAAGUUUAGGAGUUAAAUACCAAGCUAGUGUAGUGGAUGACGGUAGUCAGAGUAGGGUGGUAUUAUAGCAGUAAUAAAUUUGUAUAUAGGUAAUUCUUAAGCCAACCGGAAUAUGGCCAUAUUUAAUUGUUAAAUUUUAAAAAUAAAAACUCACACUGAAUCAAUAUUUUGCUCAAGAUGUGUGUAAAUAGUUUUUGUUUAUUGUUAAUAAACCUGUUG